AGAUGGGGCGGAGCAAGGCUGCGCUGCUUCCGGCCAGCUCAGCGUCUAUCCUCCGGACUCGGACCCACUCCUUCACCGCUGCUGGUGGAGUGUCGACGCGGGCUAAGCGGUCCGGCAGGGAGGCAGCCGCCCGCAAGAUCUCGCCUCCCUCCUCCGAGGCCGGUGCCGCUGAAACCUCCGCUGCCUCCACCUCACGGGCCGGGGCCGACUUUGGCUCUCAGGACGCGCCUGAAGUUUCCCCUUCGCAGGCUGAGCGCGUCUCCGGGGCCUGCGCUUCUCAGGGCGGGGCGGGCAAUUCCGAGGAGAGCAGCGAGAGCGGGGAGGCAGCCGGCGGCGCGACUUCCGUCGCUAGCACCAUGCUGGACGUAUUCGGCUCCAUCCCCACCCAGAUGGACUACAAGGGUCAAAAACUAGCAGAACAGAUUUUUCAAGGGAUCAUUCUUGUUUCUGCGGUAAUUGGUUUUAUCUAUGGCUAUAUCGCUGAACAGUUUGGUUGGACUGUCUAUAUAGUUAUGGCUGGGUUUGCUUUAUCGUGCCUGCUAACACUCCCUCCAUGGCCUAUGUACCGCCGCAAUCCUCUGAAAUGGCUACCUGUCCAAGAGUCGGGAACAGAGGAUAAGAAGCCAGCAGAGAGAAAACUGAAAAGGCAUACUAAAAGUUGAAGAAUAUGAACCCUCAUGAUGUAACAUUGGAGAAUUUUGCUUCAUUAAAGGUUUCUAUGAUAUUCUCA